GGCACCCCGCGCCCAGGUGUGCCGCGAGAGGCCUAGCAGGUGUGUGGGGACAGGUGUGCACGGGAGGGGCGGCCGGGAAGGGGUGAGGCUGCAUCUUGCUUGCCUGUCACUCCCUCCAGAGAUGCAGGCAAGCCCCCGGCCUGCUUGUGUUGCCUGCUCACCUGGAGGUGGCUGCACCAGGAGCUGGCUCCUGCCUAGGGGAUUGUGAUGAUAGUGUUGGAUGCUGUGAGCAUCCUGGUCACCUGUCACUCCACAUAGAAAGUCAGACAAACCUCCAGCCUCCUUGUUUUGCCUGGCUAGGCUACCUGCUAACCUGGGAAUAUGCAUCAAGUGCUGUGCCCUGGUAGUGAUGGCUUGAAUGGUAGUGUUGGAUGCUGUGAGCAUCCUGGUCACCUGUCAAGCCACACAGAGAUGCAGACAAGCCUCCCACCUCCUUGACUUAACCUGAUUAGCCUGUCUGCAUACCUUGUCAUGUGUAGAAUUAGCAUUGGAUGCUGUGUGAGCAUCCUGGUCAUCCUGUCUCUUAAAGAGAUGCAGGCUGCCUUCUCACCUGCUUGGUUUACCUGGCUGAGCUGCCUGGUUACCUGGGAAUAUCAGGUGUUAGCUCAUGCUUAGUGAGUGUAAAUGGCAGUUAUACAGGCUGUGUGUGGCCUGCUGGACUGUCACUCCCUCCAGAGAUGCAGGCUGGCCUCCCACCUGCUUGUUUUACCUGCCUAGGCUGCCUGCUUACCGGAGUGCCUGACUGUCUCACUUGAUUAAUAAGAAGUAUGGUGACUGUUAGUUUAGUGUUGCAUGGCUCAGGAAUUUGUGCUGUUGAUAUUUAUGAAGUCUGAAUACACUGGAGAGAUUUAUCUUUAUUUAUUUAUUAAUUCAUUUAUUUAAUAAUUUAUUAUCCGUUAUGUUUGGCAGCAUUUAGAUAGUUCUAUGUGUCUGGUUGGUUGUGUGAAUGGCUGAAAUUCCACUUAUUUAAUAGGAAGGAUUGGACUUAAUUAACUUCCCAUCAUUAAACAUAUGUGCAUAUAAUGACAACACUAAUUUACUCCUGUCACCUUUGACGUCAGUGAGCAUCUAAAUAGGUUAUACACUAAUUCCAGCAUUUAGAAUUAACAAUUUUGGGAAGAGGUGCAAAGUUAUGUGAGCUGAUUGGAUUUAGAUGAUUUCAUGCAGGUUAUGAUAAUUUAAACAGCUUGGCUCUAUGGAAAUGAAUAUAGAAAAAGUUAAUCUAGUCUCCCAUUUGUGUAUUAAGAGCCAGUCAGUGAAAGAAAGCAAGGAUAUGAAUGGAAUGUAUAAAGAUAUAUUUGUAUUAAGGUUAUAACACUCCACGUCUUCCCCUAUAGAAAUUAACAUAGAACAGUUAGUCCAGCCCCUCAGUCAUGUACUAAAGAGCCAGUUAGUGAGAAAAAGCAAGAAUGCUAUUAGCUUUAGAGUAGUAAGUUCAUUCCUAAACCAAACCGAAUAUGACCUUAAGGGGAAGAAGGUUGACAUUUAUACAAGGUCAGCUUCAGUGAGUGUAUCAAGCCAUGAAGACACAACUUAGAUGAACCAAAUGUACUUAUGCUAGAUGAUAGAGAGAUAAAAUAGAAUGAUAGAUGGUAGAAAGGAGUUUUAUAGGAGAUAGAAUGUAGUAUUUUAUUAGUGAUGAUGGCGAUAGAAUGAUGAUAGAAUAUUGAGUUGUAAUAUAGGUGAUGAAGAUGGCAAUAAGAAUGAAGAUAGAUCGCAUUCUUUUAACGAUGGAGAUGAUGAUGAUGAUGAUGGUAGACUGUUGUGUUUUAAUAGAGAUGAGGAUAGACUGUAGUGUUUUAAUAGAGAUGAUGAUGAUAGACUGUAGUGUUUUAAUAGAGAUGAUGUUAGACUGUAGUGUUCUAAUAGAGAUGAUGAUGAUGAUGAUAAGUGACGAAAGUAUAAGCGACAGGAAGCUCAAAGUUACAUAAGGGCAUUGUACUAGUGUUUGAAGGUGACUAUAAUGCUGUUGAUGAUAAUGAGGCCACUGGUGACAAUGUGGAGAAUAAUGACACAUGUACUACUAUUUCCUGUCUCUUGGAAUUCCCCUCCACCCCCCUCACCUCCUAGCUUUGUUAUUCUCCCAUCCCUUCCCUUUAUUUACCUUCUCCCUGUCUCCCCCUUCUUCAUUUUCUUGAUCUUGUUUUCCCUCCUCUAUAUUUUCCUUUUCUUCCUUCCCUUUCUUUAUUUUCUUUAUCUUGUUUUCCCUCCUCUAUAUUUUCCUUCUUUUCCUGUGUUUCUUCCCUUCCCUUUCUUUAUUUGUAUUCUUCCUAUCUCCUCCCUUCUUCAUUUUCUUUAUCCUUUUUUCUUUCCUUCCUUCUCUCCCUUCAUUUUCCCUGCUUUGCCUUCCUUUUUCACUUCCUUCUCUCCCUACCUUCCCUCCCUUCUCCAUCCUUUUAUUUACCUUCUCCCUAUCUCCUCCCUUCUUCAUUUUCUUUAUCUUUUUUUCUUUCCUUCCAUCUCUCCCUUCAUUUUCCCUGUUUUGUCUUCCUUCUUCACUUCCUUCUCCCUUCUUUUAUUUAUCAUCUUCCUAUCUCCUCCCUUCUUUGCCUUCUUUAUCUGCUUCUUUUCCUUCAUCUUCUCUGCAUUCCCUCCUUCCUUUACUCCCUUUUCUUCUCUCCCUUCCUUUCUCCCCUCCCUCUCUUCCCUCUUCCUUUUCCACUCCAUUCACUCCCUUCUCUUCCUCCUUUCUACCCCUUUCCUCUCCCUUACCUCCUUCUCUCCCAUUUCUCUACCUCCCUCUCCUCUUUUCCACACUCCUUCCCUCUCUUCUCAUUACUCAUUCCUCCUCCUUCCCUCUCUUUAUCCUUUCCCUUUUCUCUCAUUUCUCUCCCUGCCUUUCCCUUUCCAUCACCUGCUCCCUCUUACCUCUUCCCCCAUCCUUCUCCCAUUUAACUCCUCCCCCCCCUGCCCUCUCCUCCCUCCCUUCCUUCCCCCCUAUCAGUUUGACACACCCCUUUAAUACCAUGGAUUAGGCCUAUGUAGCCUUUGUGGUUGGUCUGCAUUAGGGUUAUUUGCUCUUGUCUUGGGUUAUGUAAUGGUUGAUGUUUAUGUAAUGAGUGAUGUCAGUGUCAAGUUCUGUGCUCAGCUGAUGGUGGUUCAUGUAUUGGGGCUGAAAUGAGGUGUUGGUUGGGGUUUUUGUUAGUGUAAGGGAGAGUUUGAUUGAGUUGGUGAGGUUAGGUUAGGUUGGUAAGAUUAGUUUGGUGUUGGUGGUUGUUAGGUAAGGUUAAGUUAGAGUUGGUUAGGUGGGUAAGGUAAGGUUGGUUUGGUUAGGCUAGUGUUAGGUUGGUUGGCUUGGCUGGUAAGGGUAGUUUGGUUAGACUAUUGUUAGUGUGGUUUGGUUAAUGUUAGUUUUGUUAGGUUAGGUUGGUAAAGUUUGAUUGGUUUGGCUUGGUUAGGUUUGGUUAGGUUAGUGUUAGACUUAGUUUUGUUUUGU